GGGAAGGGCCUCCCCGCCCCUGCGGGGCCCCAGACACCCACCGAGUCACUGCAGCUUUGGGGCGCUCUGCUGAGGCGAAGGCGGCUCUGGGACGAGCACGGAUUCCUCCUCUCCUGUAAAUGACCACAAAGGAAGACAAUGAAUGAGGUGAAAGAAUCCCUUCGCAGCAUCGAACAGAAGUACAAGCUCUUCCAGCAGCAGCAGUUUACCUUUAUUGCUGCUCUGGAGCACUGCAGGGAGAACGCCCAUGACAAGAUCCGGCCCAUCUCCAGCAUUGGACAGGUGCAGAGCUACACAGAACACUACUGCAACAAUUCCACGGACCGGCGGAUCCUGCUCAUGUUCCUGGACAUUUGCUCGGAGCUGAACAAGCUCUGCCAGUACUUCGAGGCCCUACACUCUGGCAACCCGGUCACCAACAACCUCCUCGAGAAAUUCAAAACCCUUGUCAGCCAAAGCAACGAUUUAAGCAGCCUCAGAGCAAAAUACCCUCAUGACGUGGUGAACCACCUCAGCUGUGACGAGGCCAGGAACCACUACGGAGGUGUGGUCAGCCUCAUCCCCAUUGUGAUAGACUUAAUGAAAGAAUGGAUCGCCCACUCGGAGAAGCUGCCCCGCAAAACGCUGCAGCAUGUGAGUGGGCCCCCAGCAAACCAGGAAGCCAAGGGGGCAGCUACUCAUCCUGCCCAGACUUCGGGCACCCAGCCUGGGUUAAGAAAACACAAGUGUGGGCAGUUCACAAAAGACAGCCUCAAGCCUAGGGGGAAAGACAAAGGAUAUUCAAAACCGCCCUGGAGACCACCUGGUGGGAAACUGUAACUCAAAGGCAGGGAGCUGCUCCAUCGGUGGGGGUGCUUUGUUACUUAAUUUGGUUUCCACUGGUUGAUCCAUUUUCAUGGGCAUCCACAGUCCCUGCCACUUAUUAACCACAAAUGGGAUUGCCAAUAUAUUACUGAGAAUCUCUCUCCCUGGCUUGCUUUAACUUCCAACUUUUCUGCCUCUAAGCAUCAGGCUCUGUGCUGAUGAAGAGGAUCCCCACUUACACAAGUUGCCUAAAUAGCUGGCGUUGGUAGAGGGUGUCCCAGGAAACACUGAGCUGCCCACCAGGUUCUCUUUGAGCCUCACCCACCACAGUGCCAGGCCUGCCUACGCUGUGGGCUCCAGUGAGCCAUCACCAGCUGCAACCGUAGGCAAGGCACAGGCUCUCUCUGCAAGACAGGGAUGCUCCCGCCUCGGACCAAGGGGGAAUGAACCCACCUUUCCCUCUCCUUUACUCGAGCGAGGGAGACCAUGACAAAAGCCAGAAGAAUUCUGAUUUUGUGGUUCCUGUACAAGGACAGUAACCUGUUUUUCACAGCAUAGUCGUGGCCCAAACAUUGUAAAAUGUGUCCCUGGCUUCUGAGCUUGCCAGAAGUGAUGUCUCACUGUUCGUUUUUCCCUUCACAGGGGACGACUUAGCUUCAGUAUUGUUGCUUCCUCAGGGGGAGACAGUCAAGAAUAAAAAGUGUUCUACCAGC